UGACGCAGGCGUUGCAGCAGACGGCUACAGGCGGGGUCCUUCCGCAUUGGGAAAGUAGCACGUGGGGGGGAGAAGCUGCAACCGGCUGGACUUGCAGGUCGUCAUGCCAACUCUGUACCUUUCCCCUCAUCCGGAUAACUUCCAGAAUCUGCGGGUGCUGGUUGCGGCCCGCUAUGGCCGACACGAGCCCAGGGUGGUCGCUCUGCCUCCUGACAAGGAGCUGGGGAAUCCUUCCUUCUCUGUGCCCAAACUCCCAGCCCUGGAGACGCAGGCGGGCGUCCGUGUCUCUGGCGCAGCGGCUGUUUCUUACCUGCUGUGUCCAGAUGCCAUGAGAGGGCAGAGCCCAGAAGCCAGCGCCCUGGUACGGCAGUGGGUCAGUUUCGCAGACUUGGAGAUCGCUCCUGCCGCCUCCGCAGCUGCUUUCUCUGUGCUGGGGGUCUCCAAGCAAAGCAAAGAGGUGACGGACCGUGCUGUGGCAGAGCUCCAGAGUCUCCUUGCGGUGUUGGACGGCCACUUGAAGCUGCGGACAUACCUGGUGGGCGAAGCCGUGACGUUGGCCGACGUGACGGUUGCGUCUUCUCUGUUGCUGCCGUAUAAAUAUGUUCUCGACCAAGCUCUCCGCGUUUCAUACACCAAUGUCACCCGGUGGUUUCUGACCUGCGUCAAUCAGCCAGAAUUCCAGUUUAUUUUGGGUCCAAUGAAGCUGUGUGAGCAAACGACUGUUGUGGGGACCCUGAAAUCGGAUCUCAGAGAACCUAAGGCAGAGUUUUCGGAGCCCAAGGAGCUCACAGAGCCGCCCAAAAGCGCAUCCCAGCUAAAGAAAGAAGCCAAAAAGAAAGAAAAACUGGAGAAGUUUCAGCAGAAGAAGGAAAAAAGCCAGCAGCAGCAACAGCAGGGGGAGAAGAAGCCAAAAGUUGAGAAGAAAGAGAAGAAGGAUCUAGGGGUCAUAACCUACAACAUCCCAACUCCCCCAGGAGAGAAAAAAGAUGUGGAGAGCCCGAUGCCUGACUCCUACAGCCCCCAGUACGUUGAAGCCGCCUGGUACCAGUGGUGGGAGAGCCAGGGCUUUUUCAAGCCAGAGUAUGGGCGUCGCAGCGUCUCCGAGCCAAACCCCAAAGGCCUCUUCAUGAUGUGUAUCCCUCCGCCCAAUGUCACCGGAUCCCUCCAUCUUGGCCAUGCCCUCACCAACGCCAUCCAGGACUCUCUGACCCGAUGGCAUCGGAUGAAGGGGGAGACCACUCUGUGGAACCCCGGCUGCGACCACGCCGGCAUCGCCACGCAAGUGGUGGUGGAGAAGAAGCUGUGGAAGGAGCAACGGAAGACGCGGCACGACCUCGGGCGCGAGCUGUUCGUCGAGGCCGUCUGGAAAUGGAAGACCGAAAAAGGCGAUCGGAUCUACCACCAGCUGAAGAAACUGGGCGCCUCAAUGGACUGGGACAGAGCCUGCUUUACAAUGGACCCGAAACUCUCCAACAGCGUCCAGGAGGCUUUUAUCCGGCUGCACGAGGAAGGCGUCAUCUACCGGAGCACGCGCCUUGUGAACUGGUCGUGUGCCCUCAACUCGGCCAUCUCCGACAUAGAGGUGGACAAGAAGGAACUUACGGGCCGGACGCUCUUACCUGUCCCCGGCUACGAGAACAAGGUUGAGUUCGGGGUGCUGGUCUUCUUCGCGUACAAGAUUGAAGGUUCCGAUGAAGAAGUGGUGGUCGCCACGACCCGUAUUGAGACGAUGCUGGGGGACACCGCUGUGGCUGUCCACCCAAAGGAUCCCCGGUACAAGCACCUGCACGGCCGGAGAGUCCUCCAUCCCUUCACUGCUAAGUGCUUGCCUAUAGUUUGCGACGACUUUGUAGACAUGGAGUUUGGAACUGGUGCUGUGAAAAUCACCCCGGCCCACGACCCGAACGACUACGAGGUGGGCUUGCGCCACGGGCUCGACUUCAUCACCAUCAUCGACGAGACCGGCUGCCUCGUCAACGUGCCCCCCACCUUCCAGGGCAUGAAGCGAUUUGAUGCUCGUCGUGCUGUGUUCCAACUUUUGAAGGACGCGGGGCUCGUGAGGGAUGUGAAGGACAAUCCCAUGGUGGUACCGAUCUGCAGCCGUUCCAAAGACGUGGUGGAGCCGCUCCUGAAACCCCAGUGGUACGUGCGUUGCGACACAAUGGCCCGCGGAGCGGCCGAGGCAGUGCGCCGGGGCGACCUGCGCAUCGUGCCGGACUUCCACCUCAAGACCUGGUUCAACUGGAUGGACAAUAUCAGGGACUGGUGCAUUUCUCGGCAGCUGUGGUGGGGCCACCGUAUCCCGGCAUAUUUUGUGACUGUUAACGACCCCUCCGUGCCACCAGGAGAGGAUACGGAUGGUAGAUACUGGAUAAGCGGCAGAACCGAGCAGGAGGUCAAAGAGAAAGCAGCCAAAGUCUUCAAGGUGCCUGCGGAAAAAAUCUCCCUCCGGCAAGAUGAGGAUGUCCUGGACACCUGGUUCUCGUCCGGUCUGUUUCCAUUCUCCAUCUUUGGGUGGCCAAACCCCAGCGAAGAUCUCCAAAUUUUUUACCCGGGGACCCUUCUGGAGACUGGGCACGAUAUUCUGUUCUUCUGGGUAGCCCGCAUGGUCAUGUUGGGCCUGAAGCUUACGGGGAAGCUGCCGUUCAGAGAGGUUUACCUCCAUGCCGUUGUUCGGGAUGCUCAUGGCAGGAAGAUGAGCAAAUCGCUGGGGAACGUGAUUGAUCCGUUGGAUGUUAUUACCGGCAUUACACUGGAGGGCCUCCAUGCACAGCUGCUAGAGAGCAAUUUGGACCCAUCUGAGACAGAGCGAGCAAAACAAGGACAGAAGUCGGAUUAUCCCAACGGGAUUCCAGAGUGUGGGACUGACGCCCUCCGUUUUGCUCUCUGCGCCUACACAUCCCAAGGCCGGGAUAUAAACUUGGACGUGAACCGCAUCCUAGGCUACCGCCAUUUCUGCAACAAGCUGUGGAACGCGACCAAGUUCGCCAUCCGCGGUCUCGGGGACGGGUUCAAGCCGCAGCCCAGCCCAGAGCCCAGUGGAUCAGAGAGCCUCAUCGACCACUGGAUCCUGAGUCGCUUGAGCCAUGCUGUGGAGCUGUGCGAUGCAGGAUUCCAGGCCUACGACUUCCCUGGCAUCACCACAGCAGUCUACAACUUCUGGCUCUAUGAGCUCUGUGAUGUCUACCUGGAGUGCCUGAAACCGGUGUUUGCCAGCCCAGAUGAGGCUGCGAUCCAAACGGCCCGGAACGUCCUCUACACCUGCUUGGAUGCCGGACUCCGUCUUCUCAGCCCUUUCAUGCCCUUCGUCACUGAGGAGCUGUUCCAGCGGCUGCCUCGGCGGUCCCCCUCCGACCCCCCCAGCAUCUGCGUCACUCCUUACCCCUCCACAGAGCAGUACCGCUGGAGGGACGAGGGCUUGGACCACACCGUGGACUUUGCGCUGAGCAUCAUUAGGGCUGUUCGAUCGCUCCGGGCAGACUACAACCUCACCAAGACCAAAGCUGACUGUUACCUGCAGUGCCUGGAUCCCGGAACGGCACAGUCCGUAUCUUGCUGCUCCAGCUACAUCCGGACUCUCAGCUCCUCCCACCAAGUGCUGGUUCUGGAGCCUGGGCAAGCGCCCCCUCCGGGUUGUGCCGUGGCCAUCGCUUCCGACAAAUGCACUGUCCAUCUUCUGCUCAAGGGCUUGAUCGAUGCCGAGAAGGAGAUUUCCAAACUGGCGAGCAAAAAAGCAGAGCUGCAGAAGCAAAUCCUCCGGCUGCAGGAGCGCGUGGGCAGCCCGGACUACGCUGCCAAAGUGCCUGCCAAGGUCCAGGAGGCGGAUGCAGCCAAGCUGAAACAAAGCGAGACUGAAUUGCGGAAGUCGGAAGAAGCCAUUGAGAACUUCAAGAAGAUGCUCUGAAUACGCUGAUCCUAAGGGGUGGGAGGAAGGGAGAGGAGAACGUUAAGCCCUUUUACCUUGAGAAAAGAAGACUCGUCUUCGGUUCAGCUCUCCUUGGUUUAUUCUAUUUUCUGCAGAGACAUUAAAAUAUUUUGCUGAGUUAGAA